CACUUAAUUCGAGUACUGCUAAAGGCAAAAAUUUGACCUGAUCCGAAUCUGAUCGAGCAUAUGGUAUUCUUCUUCGAUCCAAACUCAGUUUUAGUGGAGAGCAACCUUGAUCCAUUGCCAUUGAUCCCCCAAUAAAUGAAUCCGAGAACAAGUUAUUGCAGGCAGCAGAUGCGAUGAUUAUUAGGGCAUUUUCGCGUUUUGCAAAUUGUACUCAAGUUUGUUAAAGAAGUCAUGUAAGUCUGAUAUUGAUAUCGAGUUGUACGAUUGAGAUAUAUAAUACGACAUUGGAUCAAGGAGUGAUGGAGUCAAGAAUGGAUCAGUAUGAGAUGAUGGAGCAAAUCGGUCGGGGAGCUUUUGGUGCCGCCAUUCUCGUUAAUCAUAAAUUGGAAAAAACCAAGUAUGUUUUAAAGAAGAUUCGUCUUGCUAGACAGACUGAACGUUGCAGAAGAUCUGCUCAUCAAGAGAUGGCUCUAAUUGCUCGGAUUCAGCAUCCGUUUAUUGUUGAGUUUAAAGAAGCAUGGGUUGAGAAGGGUUGCUAUGUUUGCAUUGUCACUGGUUACUGUGAAGGUGGUGACAUAGCUGAAUUGAUGAAGAAAUCAAUGGGGCAAUACUUUCCUGAGGAGAAACUCUGCAAGUGGUUUACUCAAAUUCUAUUAGCGGUUGAGUAUCUGCAUUCAAAUUAUGUUCUACACAGGGACUUGAAAUGUUCUAACAUUUUCCUUACCAAAGAUCAAGAUGUUCGUCUUGGGGACUUUGGACUUGCCAAGACUUUGAAAGCUGACGACUUGGCUUCUUCGGUGGUGGGGACACCAAAUUACAUGUGCCCUGAACUGCUUGCAGAUAUUCCUUAUGGCUUCAAAUCGGAUAUAUGGUCCCUAGGUUGCUGUAUGUAUGAGAUGGCUGCUCAUCGCCCAGCAUUUAAAGCUUUUGACAUGGCUGGACUGAUAAGUAAGAUAAGCAGAUCCUGUAUUGGUCCUCUGCCUCCUUGUUAUUCUCCAUCUCUAAAAACCCUUAUCAAAGGAAUGCUGCGUAAGAACCCAGAACAUCGACCCACUGCAACUGAAAUCUUGAAACAUCCAUAUCUGCAACCAUAUGUUGACCAAUACCGGCCUUCAAUUGGUCAUCAUAACAUUACCCCUUCAAAGCCCCUUGGGAGACCUCAUCAUGAUAUAACAAGAAAAAAAAGAUCUGAAAGCCAAAGUAGCAACAGUUCUUUUAGCGACAAAGAUAGUGUCAUAUCAAGUGAGAAAAACAUUCAAAUUUGUGACCAUAAACCGGAUGACGAACACUGCAUCGAUCCGUUUUUCAACGAUGAAAUGGACAUUUGUGCGUUUAGAAUUGAGGAGAAAGAGGUGGUGAAACAACCCAAGUUAAAUUACGAAACUACCCCUGUGAAAAAUAAUACAAGGAUGGGGGUUAAAGAUGGAAAAAUUAGGGAACAUAGUUCCCCCAUGCGUGGUGGCAGGUUAAAGGCUGGAGGUGUUGAAACACCACCACCACCGGAGAAGGGUAACUUUGAAUUCAGGAAGAGAACUCCGGGAUCAAAUUCCGUGAAGCAUCAGUUACCUAGACAAGAGGGCAACCCACCCAGUGGGCCCACUAUAUCCAUUGAAGAUAAAUUAAAUCAAAGACUAAGAACCCCACCCCCACCCCAACCAAGUCUUCUUAGAAAACCAUCAUUCCCAGGAAGAAUUAAACAACUAGCCAUUGAGCCUUCUACUACUGAACCCAUUCAGACUCCUCCUGUUCAGAUCAAUGUCCACACAACCAUCACUAAAAAGGUCCAACCUAAUGAUCCCAUUCAGCCCACAAAACAUGACACUCAUGAUCCCAUAUCCAUUCAGACUCCUCCUGUCCACACAAACACUCAACAAAAACUUGUUUCAAAGAUCAUACAAGAAUCUCGAGUGGGUGUUGUUUCCGAUAACAAACAAACCGAUAGUUUCAAUUCCGUUGCGUCUUCCGCUUCCAUUCAGCAAUUCCAACCUUACGGAAAUCAUACUCGAGAAAUCCCUGAUUCCAGAGUACCCUCGGAAUCACAUUCCGAUUCAACGUCGGCUUUACAGAUUCCGACGAUUGAAAAACUCGCUCCUGGUGACAUGAUUCACGGCAUCAGUCACAGUAGCUUUCCCGAUAUUAAAAUCUUUUCCUCUCCAACAUCUUUGGAGCCAUCAGAUCAAUCUGGAAAAACGGAAUUGAAAUCGGAGGUUCCGGACACGCCAACGCCAACGCCACCGCCACCGCUGCCGGAAAUUCAGGAGGAGCCACCACCGUCAACGCCGCCGCCGCCGGUGAAGGAAAGUUUGGAUAUAACGUCCACCAGGCAAAGGGCGGAGGCGCUUGAAGGGCUUCUUGAAUUAUCGGCUGAUUUGCUUCAACAAAACAGGCUACAAGAAUUGGCGGUUGUUCUUAGACCUUUUGGGAAGGAUAAAGUGUCCCCACGGGAGACUGCUAUUUGGUUGGCCAAGAGUCUUAAAGGGAUGAUGAUUGAUGACACGAAUCGGAGUUUGUAAACUGGUACGUUUUUUUUUUUUCUUUUUCUUUGAUUGAUUUAUAUUGGUGGGUUUUUUUUAUGGUUUUACUUUGAAAAAACAAGAUGGUUUUACAUUUCCCACGUUGUGUUUGAUUUUGUUUAAAGUGUUCUCUGUAAUUCAUUCAUUGUGUUAUCUUUGUAUAUAUGGGCAUUACAAACGAAACGAAAUAAUUUUAUGAAUUGCUUCCGGUUA